GCAUCAUCUGUCGGCACGAUGUCUCAGACCUUAGGCCGCGAGUGUCACCGUAACCUCAAUCCCGAUGCUUCCUUGGUACUGGUUGGGAUCCGAGGCUGCGGAAAGCGUUCGUUGGGCUUUGUUGCGGCAACGGCGUUGAAACGACGCUUCAUUACUGAGGAUCACUAUUUCAAGCAAGUUACUGGGCUCACGCGACAUGAGUACCUUAAGCGCUUUGGGAGCCAGGAGUUCCAGAAGCGUGAUAUCGAGAUUCUUAAGAUGAUGCUCGACAAACAUCGAUCGCGCUGCGUAAUCGAAUGCGGCCUGGGGAGUCUUACUCGUCCUGUGCAGGAGUACCUUCGUCUGUAUUCCGUGACCAAUCUUGUGGUGUAUGUGGUUCGUGAUAUGGCCCGCAUUCAAACUCUCCUAGGAUUGGAAGAUCAGGCUGUUAAGUUGCUUUGUGAAGGAGACCCCCUGCAUCGUAUGUGCUCGAAUUUUGAGUUCUAUAAUAUCGAGGACCGUUCCAGCGUGUUAGCUCAACUCGACGAAGUAACACCUGACCGUCGAUCAGCUGGGUAUUCGUUCAAGCUCAAAGAAGCCAAAGAGGACUUCACUCGAUUUGUACGUUUUAUUACUGGUGCAGAUGUCAACCAUUCGAGUUAUGACUCCCCCUUCGUACUACUGGAAACCCCUCCUGAAAACCGUUCCUUCACACAUGCUAUCUUCGUUCGAUCCUCUGAAAUGCUUCAGGAGGGCGUUGAUUUGUGCGAGCUUGAAUCAGGGGGCGACGCCAUUGAGCUUUGUGUGGAUCGUUGGGAUACAGAAAUGGCGAGUACCGUGAGCAAGCAGAUUUCUUUACUUCGCAGGAGUGCCCGCGCCCCGAUUAUCUUCUCAAUCGACGCUUCGACCUCCGGGAUUGACAGUGGUACGCUCUCCCCGGCACAGCUGCGCAGCCUCUAUUUCGAGAUUGCGGAACACGGCUUGCGACUAGCGGUAGAAUACCUGGCGAUAGACCUCGACCAAGACAAAUCGUUGUUAGUCGAAACCAGUCGUAAUAGGGGCAUGACCAAGAUAAUUGGCCAGCAUAUAUUCAAACCUUCGUCCAGUGUAAUGUGGGAUGACGAAUCGUGCCUGUCUCUUUACCUUGAAGCCGAAAAGCUCGGUUGUCAACUGGUUCGCAUUCUCAGAGUAGCAGCGGAGCGCGAAGAUAAUGCGGCUGUCGCCAAAUUUAUAAACAAAAUCCAGUCUCUACCGGGCGACCAUCCGCCUAUCAUCGCCUACAACGUAGGCAGCCUUGGACGAACAUCCCAGGUGUUCAAUUCAACACUCACUUCGGUCACUCACCCGGCGAUUAAGCGCCCCACGGGCAAUAGAGCAGAUCCUCUGAUUACUUCACGCGAUGCGGUGCAGGCGUUGUUUCAAAGUUAUGUGCUGGAUCCUCUGCAGUUUUAUAUUCUUGGGGCUAGCGUGGCCUACAGUCUCUCACCAGCUAUGUACAAUGCUGCUUUCCGCCACUGUGGCAUGAGCCACACCUACAGUAUUCCCGAAUCUCCCUCUCUCACGGCUUUAGACAAGCUGGGCCGAGACCCGCAUUUCGGAGGUGCUAGUGUUGUCCAACCAUGGAGGGUGCAAAUUUUCCAGAAGCUCUCCUCGAAAAGUCGACACGCAGAGGCAAUUGGAGCGAUUAACACGAUUAUGCCUUUGCGGGCGCGCGCCGAUGGGACGAUGUUCCCUCUGCAAGAGCAGGCUAGCCGUCGCAAUCAGGCGGGGCCCGUACUGGGCUGGUACGGUGAGAAUACCGAUUGGGUUGGAAUCAUGACCUGCAUGAAUCGCAAUCUUUCCCCGCGUAAUGCCAUUAGUCCGUUGAAGACGGCUGGGUUGGUAAUUGGAGCGGGCGGCAUGGGGCGUGCUGCCAUUUAUGCCAUGCUUCGUCUUGGAUGCCGAAAGAUCUUCAUAUACAACCGCACCUUGUCCCGCGCUGAGAAUGUAGCCCGUCACUUUAAUUCAUGGGCUGCAUCACAGGUUGGCUCUACAAAAGUGGUACAUGUGCUGAAGUCAUUGCAAGAUGAGUGGCCGUCAGAUACUUGUCAUCCAUGCUUGAUUGCGUCCUGUGUACCUGCCGACCCGGACCAAGAUGAACCUCCAGCAAACUUCGAGAUGCCGAUGCAAUGGCUUGAGAGCCCUACUGGUGGGGUGGUCUUAGAGUUUGCAUACAAACCCUUGGAAACCCCACUCUUACGCCAAAUGCGUCGCUUCCGCAGUGAGACUGGACGGCCAUGGGUUCUGGUAGAUGGACUCGACAACGUCAUUGAACAGGCCAUCGCUCAGUUUGAGCUGCUGACUGGGCGGAAAGCGCCACGGCGACUGAUGACUCUGGAAGCACUUCGCCAUUAUGUCGGGGAGCACGGACAAUUUGACGAGGAAACAAUUCAAGCGCGACUUGACGGGGUCCAGUAG